UGAAAAGCCUUUGUGCUUUAUUUUUAACAUAGUUUCAAAAGUUAUCAGUGGUCUCACUGUGUUUUUGUUCCUCCAGAUUACUUUCUUUUUGUAUUCCCAUACAGUACUCAACAUGUCUGAAAUACUGCGUGUCUGUAAUACAUAUUUUUAUUGAGUAAACAAAUGAAAAACAGAUCACAAAGUGAACAACAUCAUCAGAAUAAUGACCCAGUGUAUAAACUACCUUCUCGCUGUAUGUUUUAGAAAAUAUUUGCUUAUUUAAUUUGGAUAAGCUGGUGAAGCUUAAUGUCCGUAAUCCUUUUAUUUUUAAGGGGCUAACAAAUCACACUCAAUGUGUUAAGGUAAAAGCUACUCUAUCAAAUGUUAGUUUAAACAGUGUAGGUGUCCUCCAGGGUUUUGUAUGCUCUCCUAUCCUGUUUAUAGCAUAAACAAAUGAUUGUUUUAGUCAGGAUGAGAAUAAUUGCACUGUAAAAUACUGUAAUACUGAGCCUGCUGAAAUACUGUAAUACUGAACCUCAUGAUAAAUGAUGAAAUAACAAAAUAUUGGGCUUUGAACAGUGGUGUGAUUUAAAUCAACUUACUGUAAAUGUGGGAAACACCAAAGAAAUUAGGGUAGACCUGAAAAGACUGGCUGAUUACAGACCACAGUGAUUAUUCUUAGCAAUGUACCUUGGAAAGCCUACAUUUACGAUCUCUGCUCAAAGUUCCAACAACAACUUUACUUUUUAAGGAGACUCAAGACUGUUUGGAGUAAGUAAAAAUCUCAUGUUGCUGUUUUAUAAGAAUAAUAUAAUUAAUAAAAUCAUUGAUAAAAUUUAUUAGCAUUUCAAAUAGUAAAUAACCUUGAUGAUACUUUUAGUUGCCUUUUUUUGUUUGUUUGUUUGUUUCAAUGUGGACUGAGUUCAACGCAAAUGUGCUGCUUUGAGUCCAAAACAAAUUUCCUGCAAAGGGAUAAGUAUUACUAAACUCAACUCAGCUUAAUUUUCCUAUUAGAUUGGUAUUAAAAUAUAUUUUAAUAUCCGCACUCUUUGAUGAUCCCAGCAGGUGUGGAGCGAUCUAAUCCGGCUGAAGGCUUCAUCACGCAUCAGCUGCUGUAUUGUCGUGUUGGCAUCGGCUUUCAUCUGCAGAUUCUGAUGAAUGGCAGCGUGAGUGGCGUUCAUGAGCCUUCUGAAUACAGUUUGCUGAAAGUGUUCGCUAUGAGGCCUGGUGUCGUGGGUAUCCGUGGAGUGAAGAGCCAGUUGUAUUUGUGCAUGAAUCAGGAAGGAAAUGCUCAUGGAAUGAAGAAGUUCUCCAAUGAAUGUCUGUUUAAAGAGCAAAUAGAAGAAAACCAUUAUAACACAUACUCCUCCAUGAACCACACAGGCUUUUUCCUGGCUUUGUCAAAGCGAGGCCAGCUACGGAAAGGUUACAGAGUUGGCCGUAAUCAGGCCUGCACACAUUUCCUUCUUUUAAAAAAACGGGAAUUACCCUGAACUGUCUUUCACAUCUUGUGUCACUUUCUGUGUAAAACAUGCAGCAUUAAAACUGUGAAAUUUUACUGCAAUUUCAUUUUAUUUUGAUACGGGUAUAUUUUCUCUAUAUUUUUGAGAAAUUGCACUUAAUCCAUUGUAUGGCUUUAUAAACUGCAGGGUAUAGUGAUAGAACAAGCGUGUCAUUAAAUUAUUUAUAGCAGUGUGUGUUUUAUUUUAUCAUGUUCAACAAGAUGUGAACUUUUGAAUUCUAUCAUUUAUUUGACAUGUUUAAACUGGUAAAUGACUUGUGAAUGUGUCUGUUGUUUUUAUCUGUUGUUGGUAUUUGCAUAAUGCAGAUAAAGUUUAUAUAUUAUGUAUUUAUUUAUUUAUUUGCUUGUUUGUUUAUCUAUGUACUGUGUCUGUAAUUUAACUGUAUCUGAGAUAAUUAACUGCAUGUUAAUUUAUUAUUGCUUAGUUUUGUUUCACUUUCAGUUGGUUUUAAUUUCAUGUUUUUAG